AAUUAAUUGCUUGUUGUUUAAGGUGUUUGAAAGCUUUGUUACCUCAUUUUGGUAAUGAAAUUUGUUCAUACCUUAAACAUUCAAGACUUUUACCAGAAAUAGUGACAACUGAUGGAACUAUUAACUAUACUCAAUCAAUUGAUCAAUUACAGUAUCUGCUAAUGGAACGUGAAUGCAUUUCGGGCAUUUACCCAGUGACACUCGCCUUCUUAGAUCUAGUAAUUUGUAUCUUGAGUAACAUUGAACAGAUCGAAUUAGUCCCUGAUGCAGAAAGCCCUCUAGAUGUACUUCAUUCAUGUACAUAUUACGUAUUGUGUGCUAUUUUUGUUUCGUAUGAUCAUUGGCGUUACAAUAAUUCUGUGGAGCAUGUUCAAGUUGGUCGCAAAUGUUUGGAAAUUUUCAAUAGAAUUAUGUUGGGAUGUCCACCUGGAAAUGAAAUUCCUAAGCAUACUGACCCUAUGGUAUCUACUAAAGAAAGUCCGUUACAAAAUUCUCUGCGAAACAAUUUUUCAAAAAGUUUUUUAAAUGAAGGUGGUUUAUAUCAUGCACUACCAUUAUUUUCUAUAAUUGAAAGAGGAAAAGAGCAGAGGCAUUAUGUAGAGAGAGUUUCGAACUAUCAAAUGUCACGGGAUUCGACUGAAUUGUUAGAGUUGACAUUAUCAUUUCUUUUGAGGCUGUUAAAAACACGGAUAAAAAGCGCCGAAGUCUCGUGGAUGGAAGUUAGUUUGUUGGACGGAUCUUCAGAAAAUAAUAAUAGUGGAUUAGUUGCAGCUAUUGCAUCAUUUAUCAAAUGUACAGAUAACUUGAAUAUCUCGAUAUUAUCCUGCGAGUUGCUAACCUUGAUUAUUGCGUUGGCUAUAAAAUCGUUACCAAAGUGGACAUCGUUGGGUAGCCUUCUUGGAAAUGGCGCCGAGUCAAAAAAUUUGUUAAAUCUUUUCUUGCAUAGGCUUAAAUCAGAGAUUCAAGCCCCAAUUCUUCAAGUUGCCAUAUUAAAUUUUUUUACGAUUUCAACGCACGCGCAUAUCGGGUUAAUUAUUCAGGGAUCUCAUGCUUUCCCUGAUAUACUUGACCGUAAAGGCAAAAGUAAAGCCAUGGACGCUAAUUCUCUUGAUUCUAUUAUUCGAAUUGUUCUCGACUUCCUACAGGAUUGGGAAAAUCUUCAACAGGAAAAGCCGUUUUUAUUACUAGCCACAAUACGAUUCCUUGAU